AUGGAAGAUAUUGAAGCAGGAGAUUGGAAAUCGCGUUUGCAGGCGUAUGAGCACAUAAUUGAGCUUAUGGCUACACCAACUGCAGCACUUCUUAAUCAAUUACAAGUUCAAUUGCCCAAUUACCUCGCAGAUAUAAAUCCAUCUUGUCAAAAAACAGCAUUAACCAUUUGUGAUUUAUUCUUUAAAGCAAGUAAUGAUAUACAAUACGAUGCCAUCGCUCAAGCACUAAUAGAUAAGUGUUUAAGCGCUAGACAACAAAAUUCAGACGCUGCAAUCCCGUUAGUAAUUCAAUGUUUGAAGAACGAUCGUGAAAAAGUAACAGAUUUGCUAUUCAAGAAAAUCAUGUCGAAGUCGCCACAUACGAUUUUAGCAGUAAUUUCAGUCGUUAUUGCACAUCUCGUUUCUCUGACACCAAAAGAUGCAGAUGAAGCUAAUAAAUUCAUUGAAUAUCUCACUCCAUUACUUCAACAUAAUGAUCAAAAAAUCCAAAAAGAAGCAGCCGGAGCUAUUGAAUCUGCAAAGGUUGCUAUUGGUAAAUUCGAUUCAACAGAUCCAAAUUCGUCUAAAUCACCAUCUAAAGAAUUAGUUACUCCAUCAAAAGUUCCUCUUUACGAAGGAGAAAAUA